AACUCCGCACAUGAAAAUAGAUUACCAGUCGCGCUGUUCUUUUAGGCAUUGUUGAUGACAUCCAAGAGGAGUGUCGGUGACUCUUAUCAACACUUAAGGGUGCAGUUGGAAGGGUGUUCAAUUAUAGAGAAGUUCUAUGAGGACGAGGAGAAGCAGGAGAGAAGCAUUACAAGUUCAUCUUAAUCGGUCGAUGACUUGAAUAAGAAGUCUUCGUUUUCCCAACAUCAAGUUAGUAUCAAUCAUGCAUCUUCUACGUCUACAUCAUAACUUGUAGUUUCAAUUUAUCUGUCCAGAGAAGCUAAUGCCAAACUUCGGUCGUGACUGGCACUUGCAUAGGUACUGGGAAGCUUUCGGAUAUACCUCCUCACCCCUUGAUCCCCUUUCCCGAGUGAAUAAGUCUUUCUUCGUGGUGGUAGUAGAUCUGUAGGUUAUAGAGUUUCUUCGUGAAGAAGAGGAUGUUGUUGUAUCUCAAUCAAUAUAAUAUCAACUGUCGUGGCAACAUGUCAGAAAACUGCUGAUGUCGGAUAUUGAUAUUUACCAUUGAACUAAGCGUAGUCGUGGAACCUAGCACGCACUCAUGAUCAUUUGAUAAAGCGAACAAGAUGGCUCCAGUGUAUGCAGAGAUGACCUGGGCUGAGGCGGAGGCCAAAAAGGCUAAGUACGAUUGGGCUCGUGCGUCCUUCAACAAAUCGGCACCGGCGCCGCCUCCGCCGCCACCGAUUCCGAACUCAGAAAAAAAGUUCAUGGUUGACGGAGAAGUGGUUCCGGUACCAUUACAUUGUGGCUUGUGCUUAUGUUGUGCUUUUUAGAUUUACCUUCAUAUUACAGACCCUCGCUUCCUCCAAGAAUUAGUUCCUUGCUCUUUAUGAAUGAUGAUUUGAAUCUAUUCGGCGAGCUGCCUAAGAUUGCUCUUUAUGAAUAUUCAAGGAUACUUAAAGGCUAGAGUUCUGGCUCUAUAAUUCAUAAUAUAUUCUUUUGUUAUUUGGGAGGAUAUAGAGAUCUACUUGGUCUUCUUCGGUAUAAAUAUUCAAUCAUAAUUACUUUUUAAUACUCAAGAAGGAUAUGAUUAUGAAAAAGAAAAAGAUUACAAUCAUCGGCAAUUCUAGUCAGGUUCCCGAAAUCCGAGACAAGUUGUUCUUGUCUGCGGCAACAAAAAAGGCGAAGCCUAUUGCUUUGCUUCAAGGAGGAUUUGGCUUCGUCAAAUAAACGGGCAUUGUCAUCAUGGGAAUGACAUUCCAUGGUUAGAUAUGAACAGCGUAGUUGUCACGGACUUUCAUAAGGAUACACAUGACAAAUGUAAUGUGAAUGAUGGUAAAAAUUUACUCGGUUGUUGUACAUGAACAAGAUGAAGAAAGGUAACGGUAGUAAAAAAACCUAAAAGAGGAGAACGUACUCAUAGACUGAUGUAUUGACGAGGAUUUGUACGACUGGAUGUCAUCGUAAAGUUGUGCAUGAAACGAUGGAUAGAGCAGGUAUAUCAACGAUAACCAAAUAAUUAGGAGAGUCGCAGACGUGAAGUUGAAAGGUUGCCGCGGUCCUCUAUUGAAAGGUUCACAGAACCCAAGCAUCUCCUCGUAUCUGUGAAUGACCAGCAGAUCAGCGUUGCGACGCUCGCGGGAAGCAAAAGCUCCGAUGUCUCGAGCCCCUUGUUCAUCCAAAAGAAAAAAAGAAAAUGCUCAUGAAGAACCUCCAUCAAGGAGAAAAGUAUGAUUAAUCCCUCAUUUUUUCCCGUAGACAUCAAGAGGACCUCGUCCCCUACUAGACCUAUACACUAUUAUCUACUAGUUACUCCUCCAAACAUUUAUACAUAGCUAAGUACUUACACAACUGUUGGAAAAAGAAAAUCACUACUUAAGAUUAAGUACUUACUCAAAAAAAGAUGCAGAAGAAUCUUCGCUACGCACUUGGGGACGAGCUUGGCCGUGGCCAGUUCACCCGUGUCGUCAAAGCAGUAUCACGAAAGCCUGCCGCAGGAGAAGACGAAGAAGCAACUACAGUUUUUGCAGCCAAGGUGUACGAUCGUUCCGCAGCGGCUGAAAUUCAGAUUCCCUACUGGGGUCCGAAUGGCAUCUUCCUUCCCGACUUCUCGCUCAAUGAUCGUGCGGAGAAAGAAGUAGAGAUCUUCAAGAGGUUACAACAAGUACAAGUCCAUCAAGGAGGACAACUACCUGGCAGACAACAACAACUACAUUCGCAUCCAAACAUCGUGAAGUUCAUCAGCGUGGUCGAGAAUCCUUCUACUUUUUGGCACGUGUUUGAAUAUGUGCCGGAUGGCAUUUUGAUGGAGGAGUACGGUCCUCAAGGGAGUCGCUGGCAGGUUGCACGAAAAGCAAUAUUGUCGCUGGAUGUUGAAGCAGUAGAAGGGCAAGGGAGAGAAAACAAAUCAUCGCCACUAGUUUUUUCUCCUACAGCAGCAUUACGAAAUUUCGAACAGUUGCAGUCGGGACUUGCCUUUCUGCACUCGCGAGGGGUGAUCCACAAGGAUAUUGCUCCGAGGAACAUCCUCGUUUCGGGCCAGUAUGUGCGAGGUCGGGAUAUGGCUCAGCCUGAGAACGAUCAAGGAGGUAGUAGCAAAAGUUUGAAUGGAACUGGGAAGGUCGAUGCAGCAACUGCCGGACUUGGUGGCGUCUCUCGGGGAAACAGUACAAGCUCGACGAGUUGUUGUUCCGUUGCUACUGCUCCACCUCAAUCAAGAACAGCAACUUCUGCUUCCUCGUCUCCAUCUUCCUUUCCAGUGCUAAAGAUCUGCGAUUUCAACAAUUCAGAACUACUGCCACAACUACAAAACUCUUCCGAAUCUUCUUCUGAAGAAGACUCCACAUGCACAUCAAAGAUCUACUCCGCUGAGGGCACGAUGUGCUUUCGCCCGCCAGAGGCAUUUGGGUUUCGAGUCCGCGAAACCGGUAUCUGCGGUCGCCAAAGGGAUCUGUGGUCUCUAGGCGCCGUCACUUUUGUGAUGUGCUUCGGAUGCUUACCCUUUGGUCUAUCGGACAUUAGUUCGACAGCGGGUCUACAGAUGCGCUUGUUGAGCAUGAUGGUUUCCAGUAGGAGCAAAAAGCACUGUGGUAGGAAACGAAAAUCUGUUAUCAUUAUCAAGUUUCUGAAGAAGAAGAAAAGCAUGAUAAUGAUAACCGAUUUUCUUUUCAUAACUGGUGCCAAAAAGAACACCAGUGCACAACACAGUCCUCCACCCUGCUCGGGAGGUUACAUGUCAGACGAUGAACCGGAACUAGUAUCAUCUGACGACGAACAAGCAGGUGACCAGAGCUGUGGUGGUGGUGGGUCGUCCGCAAAUACAAGUAAUGAUCCGGGGGUACCAUCAACGUGGUCUAGUUCUAUCGAGGGUGGAGAAAACAAGGGUGAAGAACAAUCAGCUCGCUCAACACUCACAGACAUGAUGCGAAUAUUGCUGCACCCUGACCCCAAUAAACGAACUGUAUCCAGCACCACCACAUUGUGAUGCCGCCAUCCUUAUUAACCUUGCCCAUUCGUUCCCCUGUGAACCCUUAAUUUUUUGAAAACCCUCUCAAACUCAAAUGCACAUGAUACAAAACAACGAUACAAAGCGACGUGCUAGGCACAGUCGCAUUUUUCCUAAAGCCACAGAUUCAUUGAAGCAAAACUGAGAUCAAGAUCACAGGC